AUGACGUCACAAGCAGAUAUUUAUGGUUGCUUAAAGGACGCUUUCAUAAAUUUCUCUCAGAAUUUUAACGAAUUUAGCUGGAUUUUCAGGAUGUCUAAGAAGUAUAUGCCGAGACCGCCCUAUUGUUUUGGAGAGAUACCGGAGUAUACCAUACCGCCCAUGACGGUUGAGGAAUACCGGAACUACGAAAAGGAGUUCUUCGGGUUUCUUGACGACAAACCAUGUAAUACAGAUGUACAAAAUGAAUCUGGAUUCGUGGAAAGAUUCCUGAAGUUCUUUGGGGUGUCAAAGAUCUCCAAAUAUGAAGAUGGGGUACCAGAAAUACAAUUUAAUGUCCACCAUGUUCUAAGGAAUAAUGCCGACUCUCGCCUUGGAGGAACUGGUGAUAUAUUACCAAGUGAAAUGGUUCGACAAGAAAAUAAGGCCACUCAAACUGAAGAUGUGGUUAAAUGUGAUCAAGAAAUUCAAACGAUCAAACCUAAGAGGGUAAUUUUCAAAUCAUUCCGACGAUUUUUUGGACGAUGUCUCAAAACAGAGGAGUAA